CAAGAUCAAAGCACCGAAUUUCCUUUGAUCAUUGCGUUGAAGGUUUGGUAGCAGAGUAGUAUGUGAGUGGGUGAAUGAACCAGAGGCUGGAUCUGUGAUCAAAGAUGUUAGUUCGAUUCCCUCCGAGCAGUUUUGGGAUUUUCCGUAAUAUUCCUCAUAUGCCGCCAACAGGUCGAGUCGCCUUCGUCUCUGGAACAGAAGUGCGAGGAGUCACGGGACAGUCGAUCACACUGCCGUGCCGCUAUUCUGUCGGAAAAUAUGGAAAAAGUGAGAUGUGCUGGGGCCGGGGAGAGUGUCCUUCUCGCGGCUGUGGAGAUGAACUGAUUAGCAAAAUUGGGGAUAAUGAAACUUCUGUAACAUCUCAGAGAUACAGUCUUGGUGGUAGAAUUGCGGCAGGAGACGUGUCGCUCACUAUAGAUGAUCUACGGAGAGAAGAUAGCGGCUGGUAUUGCUGCCGUGUGAGGAUUCCGGGACUGUUUAAUGAUCUGAAAACGAAUUUGAAUCUCCGGGUUUCGGACGCCACGAGCACAACAUCUCCUUCAACCACAACUGAGUCCUUGUCUACAGACCGUGGAAGUGACAUUACUCCAUCUACUUACCCAGGUCUUACAACCUCUACGUCUACAUAUCUGAGAGAUUCCAGUUCAACUCCACAUUUGCCUGUUUCUGCUGAGCUUGUGAACAACCUGAUUUCUCUUCUUUGCUGGACCGCUCGUGCCUCAGUUUUCGUCUCUUUUCUUUCCAUCACUGUGCUGCUUUGCAAGUGGAAACGCACAUCCUCCAUCUGUCUGAACAGGAACAACACCAAGCCCAUUAGAGAUGCCAUACCCUUGCAGCAAUCACCUUGAUGUCCACAGGAAGGCCUUCCCAUACUGAAACAAAGAUUGACCACAUAUGUUGACUGAAAUACCCAUCCCAAGUGAGUGUGUAGAAACCAGAGUUAGUGCUAAACUUUACAGAAAAGUUAUGAACUGGAAAGAAAGCCUGAAUUUUUUGUUUAUGGAAACAAAAUCCUUUCUUCUGGACUCCUGCUAUGUCAUCAAAGUAACAAAUCACCACAUAACUGAAAAGUUAUGAUGAUUUUCAUCUGAUCAAGGCUGACUUCAACAGGCAUUUACAAACGUAGACAGAGGAGAUGUACCAUUGGAAUUACAAAAAAAACUGAGCAUCUCUGUUGAAAUUUUGAAUUGUUCUUUCUCAUGUAAAUAUUUCAU